UCAUCCAACCCCUAAACUUUUUUGCAGCCUGUAUUGGAAUCUACCAUCCCCGUUGCCUGCCACUAUCUAUCGAAGCAACUUUGCAGCAGAAUUUGAGGGGGUACACCGUAAAUCUGGACUGCUGUCGUGGCUGACAUUUUGCUCACCUGCAAAGGAAUAGUUCUGGAAAAAAACAACACGCAGUUCGUGGGAAUGUGCGAAUUGAUGACGAACACGUGUGUCUGAACUGUGCGCUCCUGGACAUCAAACAACAAGUGAUUUGGAAACGACACGUUUUUUGUUGCUUCCGUUUUUUGUCGUUUUAAAGCACCAAACAUCAAAUCCUCGAUCACGGCAACAUGGCUAGAUUGCUGAGCAAGGAUAUCCCGGAUAUUGAGAGUAUCCUGGCGCUGAACCCUCGGGUGAAGAGCCAUGCUGUGCCUCUCUCCACCGCCGCCAAGAAAGCUGAGAAGAAACACUGGAAGAGGAACCCGGACAAGGGCUGUGACAGUUGCGUGAAGCUGGAGAACAAUUUUGAUGACAUCAAACACACGACGCUGAGCGAGCGCGGAGCACUUCGGGAAGCAGUGAGGUGUCUGAAAUGUGCAGACGCUCCAUGCCAGAAGAGCUGCCCCACCCACCUGGACAUCAAGGCCUUCAUCACUAGCAUCGCAAACAGGAACUACUAUGGGGCGGCGAAGGCCAUCCUCUCCGACAACCCCCUGGGCCUGACGUGUGGGAUGGUGUGUCCGACCUCUGACCUUUGCGUCGGGGGCUGCAACCUCUACGCCUCUGAGGAGGGGCCCAUCAACAUCGGCGGCCUGCAACAGUUCGCCACGGAGGUGUUCAGCAAGAUGGGCGUUCCCCAGGUGCGCAACCCUGCUCUGCCGCCUCCAGACCAGAUGCCAGCCAGCUUCCACGAGAAGAUCGCUCUGAUUGGCUGCGGCCCCGCCAGCAUCAGCUGUGCCUCCUUCCUGGCCCGCCUCGGCUACGAUGACAUCACUAUCUUCGAGAAGCAGAAGUACAUCGGUGGCCUCAGCUCUGCGGAGAUCCCUCAGUUCCGGCUGCCUUUCGAGGUGGUGCAGUUCGAGGUGGAGCUGAUGAAGAACCUGGAAGUCAAAAUCGAGUGUGAGAAGGGACUGGGUCAGGAUGGCAUGACGCUGCUCUCCCUGAAGAAGGAGGGAUAUAAAGCUGUCUUCAUUGGCAUCGGUCUGCCGCAGGCCAACCGGCACAAGAUCUUUGAAGGCCUAACAACGGCGCAAGGCUUUUACACCUCCAAGGAUUUCCUACCUCUGGUUGCCAAGGCCAGUAAACCAGGGAUGUGCAGCUGUCGUUCAGCGCUGCCCAGUCUGCAUGGCGUGGUGAUAGUGCUUGGCGCGGGUGACACUGCUUUCGACUGCGCCACCUCGGCCCUGCGCUGUGGAGCCCGGCGUGUCUAUGUGGUGUUCCGGAAGGGCUUCACCAACAUCCGAGCCGUCCCUGAAGAGAUGGAGCUGGCCAAGGAGGAGAAGUGUGAGUUCCUGCCCUUCAUGUCUCCGCGCGAGGUGCUGAUGAAGGCGGGCCGCGUGGCCGGCAUGGAGUUCUGCCGCACGGAGCAGAGCGAGGCGGGCGAUUGGCUGGAGGACGAGUACCAGACCAUACGCCUCAAAGCUGACUACAUCAUCAGCGCAUUCGGCUCAGGACUCACCGACCCCAAAGUGAGAGAGGCCAUGGCUCCCAUCCGCUUAAACAGAUGGGGUCUCCCUGACCUGCACCCGGAGAGCAUGCAGUGCAGCGAGCCGUGGGUAUUUGCCGGGGGCGACGUGGCGGGCCUGGCCAACACCACGGUGGAGUCGGUCAACGACGGGAAGCAAGCCUCCUGGCACAUCCACAAGUACAUCCAGUCUCUCCAUGGCGCCGCUGUCAGCAGCAAGCCCCAGCUUCCUCUCUUCCACACGGCCAUAGAUGUGGUGGACAUCAGUGUGGAGAUGGCCGGUAUCCGCUUCCCCAACCCCUUCGGCCUGGCCAGCGCUCCCCCCACCACCAGCGCCGCCAUGAUACGCCGCGCCUUCGUGGAGGGCUGGGGCUUCGCGCUCACCAAGACGUUCUCCCUGGACAAGGACCUGGUGACCAACGUGUCUCCGCGUAUCGUGCGUGGUACCACCUCGGGUCCGCUGUUCGGACCGGGCCAGGGCUCCUUCCUCAACAUCGAGCUGAUCAGUGAGAAGACAGCAGCCUACUGGUGCCAGAGCGUCACUGAGCUCAAAGCCGACUUUCCCCAAAAUAUUGUCAUAUCCAGCAUAAUGUGCAGCUACAACAAGGCUGAUUGGACGGAGCUGGCUCAGAUGGCGGAGGCCUCGGGAGCAGAUGCCCUGGAGCUGAAUCUCUCCUGCCCUCACGGGAUGGGCGAGAGGGGCAUGGGACUCGCCUGCGGACAGGAUCCAGAGCUGGUGCGCAACAUCUGCCGCUGGGUCCGGCAAGCUGUCAAGGUGCCCUUCUUUGCCAAGCUGACCCCCAAUGUCACCAACAUUGUGGACAUUGCCACAGCCGCACGCGAAGGUGGUGCAGAUGGCGUCACCGCCACCAACACGGUCUCGGGCCUGAUGGGACUGAAGGCAGACGGCUCUCCCUGGCCAGGCAUCGGCCGCGGCAGGCGCACCACAUAUGGCGGCGUGUCUGGAAAUGCCAUCAGACCCAUAGCCCUGCGGGCAGUGUCGGCCAUCGCCAGAGCCCUCCCCGGAUUCCCCAUCCUGGCUACCGGGGGCAUCGACUCUGCCGAAUCAGGCCUGCAGUUCCUCCACGCAGGGGCAUCUGUUCUGCAGGUGUGCAGUGCCGUGCAGAACCAGGACUUCACGCUGAUCGAGGACUACUGCCUGGGGCUGAAGGCCCUGCUCUACCUGCGCAGCCUGGAUGAGCUAAGGGACUGGGACGGCCAGUCCCCACCCACCGCACCCCACCAGAGGGGUAAACCCAUACCCCGUCUGGAGGACCUCGUGGGGAAGAGCUUGCCAAGUUUUGGGCCCUUCUUGGAGGAGAGGAGAAAAGCGCUGGCAGUGCACAAGCAGCGUCUCAGGGACCAGGAGAUGGAGCGGGGGAUGACAGGGACGCCCCAGGGACCCAGAAGCUUCUCCCCUAAGGGACCCAUCCCAUCUGUCAAGGAAGUAAUUGGCAGGGCCCUGAAACACAUUGGGGCCUAUCAGGAGCUCAACAACGAGGAGCAAGUGCAGGCCCUGAUCGAUGAGGAGAUGUGCAUCAACUGUGGCAAAUGCUACAUGACCUGCAAUGAUUCGGGCUACCAGGCUAUUAAGUUUGACCCAGAGACCCACCUCCCCGUGGUGGCGGACAGCUGCACCGGCUGCACCCUCUGCCUCAGCGUCUGCCCCAUCAUCGACUGCAUCAAAAUGGUUACCCGGACAACGCCCUACGUGCCCAAGCGAGGCCUUCCUGCCGCCGUGACGGCGUACUGAGCCCACGGGAGGGAUGAAGAGGGAGAGGGAGGGAGGGAGAGGAGAGAGAGAGAGAGAGAGGGAGGGAAAGAGAGAGAGAGGGAGGGAGAAGGAGAAAGGGAGAGGGAGGGAGAAAGAGAGAGAGAAAGGGGGAGAGUGAUGGAGAAAGAGAUAGAUAGAGAGAGAGAGAGAAAGAGAAAGAGAGAGAAAGAAGGGGGGGCAGACAGACAAACAGACGGACAGACAGAUAAACAGACACGCAAAGAAAAGAUGACAGAGAGAAACAGGGGAAGAGAGAGGAUGUGGGAGAGAGAGAUUGAGAGAGAGGAAGAGAGAAAGAAAGAUAAACAGACUGAGCUAGAGAGAAAGAGGGAAUGAGGGGUAGAGACAAGGGCUGUCUGUGAUGAACAGAGAGGAGAGGGGGAAAAAUUCACAAAAACAAAACAAAAGAGAAAUAUAGAAACGUGACAGAACGUCCACAUCAAAACAUUGAUUCUUCUUCAUAAUUGCAAUGUGAAAAAUUACCUUUAUUAUGUAUUUGAAAAACGCAUGCACGCACACACACACACACACACACACACACACACACACACACACACACACACACACACACACACACACACACACACACACACACACACGCACACACACACAGCAACAGAGAGAAAGCUAAAUAAUUAGUUUGGAGAAAUAAUUGCCUUAUACUCCCAAGCCAAUUAUCCUGAAAUAAUCAUGCAGGCGCAAAUAGUUGCAUUAUUCCCAAACAAUGGCGGGGGCGAUGUGUCGUCCAUCCACGGGCGUGUCUCUCUCUCUCUCUCUCUUUCUCUCUCUCUCUCUUUCUCUCU